AUGGUUGAUUGGAAGAUGGUUGAUUGGAAGAUGGUUGAUUGGAAGAUGGUUGAUUGGAAGAUGGUUGAUUGGAAGAUGGUUGAUUGGAAGAUGGUUGAUUGGAAGAUGGUUGAUUGGAAGAUGGUUGAUUGGAAGAUGGUUGAUUGGAAGAUGGUUGAUUGGAAGAUGGUUGAUUGGAAGAUGGUUGAUUGGAAGAUGGUUGAUUGGAAGAUGGUUGAUUGGAAGAUGGUUGAUUGGAAGAUGGUUGAUUGGAAGAUGGUUGAUUGGAAGAUGGUUGAUUGGAAGGUGGUUGAUUGGAAGAUGGUUGAUCGAAAGAUGGUUGAUUGGAAGGGUGGUCGAUUGGAAGAUAUUGGUCACGAUGGACGAAGAUAG